AUGCAGAGCGCAGCCCCCGGGCCGGCCGCCCCCGCCCUGCACCUGCUCACCUCCUACUUCAUAGACAGCAUCCUGGGCCGGAGCCCCGCCGCCAGGCGGCAAGGCGGCGACCCCACGGAGCCGCCCGAGCCCUGCCCCGCGCCGCUGGCGGCAGAGAAGCGCCCGGUCCCCGGCGCCUGGGCGGAGAAGGAAGCGGCAGAGGACGCGGAGAAGGGCAGCAGCUGCCCCGGGGAGCCGGCGGCUGGUCUCUCCGGCUCAGCCCCCGCAGCUGCGGCCGAGGCGCCGGGGCCCCUGAAGCGGAAGCAGCGGCGCUACCGCACCACGUUCAGCAACUUGCAGCUGGAGCAGCUGGAGCGGGCGUUCCGCAAGUGCCACUACCCCGACGUGUUCACCAGAGAGGAGCUAGCCAUGCGUCUGGAUUUAACAGAAGCCAGAGUUCAGGUCUGGUUUCAAAACAGAAGGGCAAAAUGGAGGAAACGUGAAAAAACUGAAUUGUUAGGGAACGUUCCAGGACUCUCCUUAACGCAUCCAUUGGGUCUGUUUUUGGACAUUCCAUUGAGUCAGUCUCCUCUUCUGGACCACGCAUGGAGAUCAAUGCCACUUUCAACAAUAGCUAUGCCAUCCGUAACUCCAGCAUUCAACCCUGCAAGCUUAGGGCCGUUUGGUCUCAGCAGUCUUGCCUGGACAUCUCUCUUCAGAAAUCCAAUUUUAAGUCCCCAUUUUGGAAGAUUUCUCAAUGCUUUAAAUCCUCUCAUGACAACAGCUUCAGUCUUAAUGAAAGCACCAGGACCCCCGUCAGACCCUGGUCUCACUGCCUUCACUGAUCCGGCAGCAGUUGAAAGGAAAACGUCGAGCAUUGCAGCACUAAGGCUCAAAGCGAAAGAACAUUCAGCACAAAUCCCUCAAUUAAACCUCCUAUCCAGUCUUACAAACACUAACAAAGAACUUUGUUAG